AUAGCCUGUGUGUCUGCGUGCGUGCGUGCGUGUGAGUGUGGUCACUGUGCUGUGGUGAGUCAGACCGCAGUGCGCGCAGCGGAGGCCGGUGGCAGCGCUCUAGCCUGCUCAUCUCGAACGCAAAUAAGGAAAGCAAGAUGAACGUUGGUGUGGCACACAGCGAAGUGAACCCAAACACCCGCGUGAUGAACAGUCGAGGGAUAUGGCUGACAUAUGCGCUCGGAGUGGGAAUGCUUCACGUUGUACUGUUGAGCAUUCCUUUCUUCAGUGUUCCUGUUGUGUGGACCCUCACAAAUGUUAUUCACAAUUUUGGUAUGUAUGUGUUUAUGCAUGCGGUGAAAGGCACACCAUUUGAAACUCCAGACCAGGGCAAGGCAAGACUUCUCACACACUGGGAACAGCUGGACUAUGGCGUGCAGUUCACAUCAUCUAGAAAAUUCUUUACAAUCUCCCCAAUUAUUUUAUAUUUUCUCGCCAGCUUUUACACAAAAUACGACACAGCUCAUUUUGUGAUAAACACAGCUUCCCUUUUGAGUGUUCUCAUACCAAAACUGCCACAACUCCAUGGGGUCAGGAUCUUUGGAAUAAACAAGUAUUAAACCCUAAUGUUCAGAGGGCACAGACCAACUCUCAGUUGAGCUGUUGCCUGAAAUGGAAAAAGAAGCUAUCCCUUUGUACUGCAGUCUUGUACUUAAGUUUGUACAGUCUGUGUGUCCUUUUGUUUGAUAUAUCUUGAGAAACUAUUGUAGGGAAAUAUUAGGAAGACAAUUCCGUAAGCAUUAAUAACUUAAGAUAUUUAAUGUGUUUUCAGUUAGUUGUUUUCUGUUCCUCAUGGAUCUGGGCUGGCCCAGGUUUCAUGGUUAAUUUUGUUUAAUUUGUUUUUGUUCGUUCAAAUGUGCUCACACCACUGAUACACUAAGAUAAUGCUUUUAGCGUAAUUUCCACAUUUCUGAAUGCAUUCUUUAACAAUGCCAUGAAAUUACAAUUGUGUUUUUAAAAUCAUUUAAAAGCCAUGAAACAAUUCUGAUGUUUCUGUGCAUGCAUGAUGUUCAUUGUUUUAUAGACAAAUAAAAAAU